UUUUCAACUUCAACAAAAAAAAUAUGUUCUGCUGCCUGGCUCUCUCUCGCCGCCGCAGUGUAUUUUGUGUUGGGAAAAUCAAUUGUCCAGGAAUAUUUUUUGGAUUUACUUUUUCCUCGCCUCAAUAAAGCAAAAUAUAUUCCGAACCGUACCGAUACCCUCCAAGGAACCCAAAUGCAUAGUUUACGCCCGUCUAGCCCAACUCUGCCCUUAGAAAAUAACCAUUAAACCUGUGAAAAUACAUUUUGUUACGUGAUACAAGUGUUGUUCUUUUUUCUAUUUUCUGGUGUUGAAAUUUAACUAACAAAUAAAAAAGCCAAAGCGUUUGUCCGCGAUACACUUGAAAAAAAAAAACACAAGUAAAAGUAAAAGAAUCCUCCCCAGAAGUGGCAUUUGAUUUUACAAACAGCAGCCUAACCAGCGAUCGUUUUUUUUUUCUUCGACUUCUAGCGCUCUUCUGCACCUUUGUGGUGUGUAUUGUAUUGUUGUGUAGAGAAACAGUAACAGUUUUUCUUUGAUUUUCCACUUGAGGCGCACGUCUUGGACGCAACGGCGCCCGCGAGUCCAAAUCGAAUUGAUCGAGGGCUUUCUGUUUCUGAUUCUCUAGCAAGGAAGUGGUCUUUUUUGUAUAGCUCCACAAAUGCGGCGGCCGUAGCAGACUCGGAGAGAACAAAAAAGGUCAGCUGAUUGUAUAAUAUUCCUUUAAAAUGGACGAAAUUGAAGAGGUUCAACAGCACAAUAUGAUCUCAAACUUACCUCUCCUAUUUGCCAAUGGCUAUCCAACUGCACUUGAAAAGAUCACUGAAAGUCAAUUAGAGAACUUCAUACCAUUUAUGGUUCAAUGUUCCCUUGGUCAUAUCAAUUUACAAGGAAAAAUCGACUACAGUGAACCAGAAUGGUGGCCUGAAAAUGUUGCCUACACGAUACCAUUCACAAAACCAAAAAAAUUCACUGGGAAUUGGCUGGAAAAAAUGAAAGAGAUUGUCGUAAUUUGUUAUCAAUUUCAUAAAAGUGUAUUUCUGUUGAGAUUCUGCAACGAUUUAGCUGCCUAUGAACAUGCUAGUUUGCGAUUUAUCAAUAAUUAUAAUUCAACGACGUCAUUGUUCGAUAGGAGGAGCAAUAAGUUGUUGGUUACGUUUCGAAACGAAAAUAUGUCUUAUGAUCAGCCACAACGAAUUCGAAAAUGUCUGCUACAACAAAAAUCAAAGCUCAAUUCACAACAACAACAAAUGGUUGAGCCAGCGCCCUUUGAUAUUUAUCUCUGUGAUAAUUGUGAUGCUGAAUUAUAUUCGGAGGAAGCCAUUGUGGAGCAUGAGAAAACUUGUAAUUUGGACGAUGACGUCAUUAUAUGUGACUCACCGGAACCAAUUGAAGAAGACAAUCAAAUUAAUUUAUCAUCAUCAAACACGACUGAAAACAAUGAACUACGUAUAGGGUUUUUAUUAAAUUUUAAUUUACAAUGUCGGGAAAGUGGCCAUACAUCAACAACAUCAACAACAACACCAUCAAAAGAUCCAUCAUCAUCGUUAAAUGUUGGUAGCAGUAAAAAUGCAACCAAAGAAGUCGCCCCAUCAACUCCAGGCGCUGCCAUGGAAAAACUUAAACGUCUACCAAGACGUAAUCGUGCUGUUCAUUCACUAUCACGGUGUCCAACAAUAGCCCUAUCAUCGCCGGCAGGACAACUUCUCAUCAAAACCUCAAAAACCCUCAUGACACAAGACUACCUCAUGGAACGACUGGAUCGAAUGGAGCGUUUCUGUUAUGCACCCACCCUGGCCAAGGGGGCUAAUAAGCCGAAAUUUUUCGAUAAAAAAUACAUCGCCCCCAUUACGCAUUGCACGUUUAAAAAACCUCCAGAUUAUACAAUACACACGUACAUGUUCCCGCGACGGCAGUUUUCCCAACGACAACGCACAGAGAAUUUCAUGUUCCUAAAUUCGUUGCUUAUCAAGCGAUGUCGUCCGAUCUCUGUGCGCCUGCGAAAGAUCACCCAUAAAGAAAUGAUCAAGCGGAAGCGUGCAAAUUACUCGAAUAAGCUGAACAUCAAAUUAACCCGCGACACAUCUAGAUCUUCGAAUUGGAAGAUAUCCUCACCAUCGGCUCAAAUUAUUGUCGACACAAUUGACUUGUGCUCUUCUGGUGAUGAAGGAGAACAACACCCGGCGAAAAUAAUGCGCGGGAACACACCUGACAGCAGCAGUAGUAGUAGUGGUCGAUCUCAUUUCAAACCACAAGUGCUAUCACUGACACAACAGGUUAUCAAAACGUUCCCACAUCGCCUUAAUUCUGAGAUCACUCUCACACCUAUUCCACGGGAGCCCUUGAAAGGCUAUAGUCUGGUUGGCCCGUCGGUUCGACAGAGUUUGCCUGCAGUGGUUGCCGCAGCAACGUCCACAACUCACCCCAUUAACAAAAGUGGCUAUCCCAUGCAUAGAUUAACGAAGAAAGAAGAAGACAAACCCCUCACACCGUCACCCUCUCCAUCGCCCAUCAAACGCUACGAAGGCAAUAUUCUCCUAUCUCCAACAACACAAAACGGUGGAGGAGGUGGCGGCGUCCAAACAGGAAUUAUCGCCACAAAGCCCCUUCAACCGUCAGUUUUUAUAUUUUCCAACUACACAACAACACCUAUUUCCAUUAAUUCCUUCCUAACACCGCCAGCGGCGCAAAAUACUGGAGCAACAACAGUUGCGACGAUCAAUAAUAAUAAUAACAAUAAUGACCUGGUAGUGAGUAGUAGCUAUCAAAACGAAGAGAACCACCAUGAGACCAGUUCAAGAACGAAAAAUAAAAACUCCGACUGGUAUCCAGCGUCAAUAGCGGCAAAUAAUCUAACAAUAAGUAGUACGUUGAAUAGUAGUAGUAAUAGUGUUAGUAAAGCGGUAAGCGGCGGAGGUAGUAGUAGCGGUAGUGAACGAAGCUCAAGAAGUUUACCAUUAUUGCCAUUCGGUACAGCUAGCCGUGUUAUAUCGAUAGACUUGACGUCAUAAAUUAAAUUGAUGUAAUGAUUUGCUUUAGAAGCAAAGUAUACACAAACACACACAAAAUAUGUAUGUCAAUAUAUAUUAUAUAUAGGUUUGCUUUUGUUAUGCGUGCUAAAAGGAAAGCUCCUAUAUAAAUGGAUGAGAGGAACAACCAACUUCAAGAAUUAUCACUUGAAAUACACUAGACAAUAUUAUAUUUUUUUUUGCAGAGUUGUUAUGUUGAUAGCUUUAUUUUCAAUAUGAAAUGAAGGUAACCAGAAUCUGAAUCGAGCUUUAAAAAACUAUGUUUUUUCAGAACUUAAAUCAUUUAACACAACAACAAAUAACGGCCUUUGGUAGCUGUCUUAAAAUUCUAGAUAAAACUUCAUCAUAAAUUAACUCACCACUAGUAUUUAUUUCAUUUUAAAAUGUAAUUUAAAUAAAAAGAGGAAGUUAUGAGUCUAGAAUUCAUCAUGAAUCAAAAGGUAUGCCAAUGUAAAUUAUCAAGUGAAACCUUUUACGGGCAUAUAGACAAUAAUUUUGAUUAAUGCUCUAGAACACUUCCGAAAAUCAGCUAUUUUGUUAUAACUUGAAUAUGUAAAUUGUAAGUAUUCAAGGCAUGUACGUUGCUUUCUAUCAAAAAAGUACCUUUCAAUAUUCUUAACAAAAUCG